AUGUCUGAUUGGAAGCCCCCAGCCUUUGGUACUCCCGUCUGGAUGGGUAUCCCUGCCAAAGACGUGACUCGCGCCUCGGAAUUCUACAAGACUGUCUUCAAGUUCUCUUUUAAGGAGGCCACCGACAAGUACCCCAAAGAACAGCUCAUGCAAUUCGACUUUAACCCAAGCCUUGGCCUGACGGGCGGCAUUCAAAAAGCCCCUGACCACACUGGAAACUUUACCCCUGGGAAAGGAGGAGUAUGCAUUUACUGGUAUGUCGAGGAUGUUGACAGUAUCGGCUCUGUUAUUGAGAAGGCUGGUGGUAAAAUGUUGAGCGAAAAGGAAAAGGAAGGCGAUCAUGGUUUAUACCGAUUCUUCGAGGACACUGAAGGAUCCGUCGGUGCCGUGUAUCAAAUGGCUUGA